AUGGCUCCCAAGCGAAAAUCUGGCGCCGUUUCGAGUGCGGCCAAGCGGCCCAAGGUCGACGCUGCGAGUCUCAAGGACUUUAUUUCUUCUGUGUUAAGGUUGGUUAAUGAGCUCAAAGACCCAUCAGAAGAGCGUGUUUUGGUGGCUCCGUUCGUAAAACUUCCGCCUAAAAAAGUGUAUCCUGACUACUAUGAGAUCAUCAAAGAGCCGAUAAGUCUUUCCGACAUCCAGAAGAAGGAGGCUAAGGACAAAUAUCCCGACACAGCUUCGUUUUUGGACGAUUUCAAGUUGUUGGAGGAAAAUGCAAAAACGUACAACGACCCAGAUUCAUGGAUUGCCGUGGAUGCAAAACAGAUAUAUGAUUUUGUCAAAGACCAGGUGGACUCUUAUAAUAGCGUUGUCGAAGAAAAGCCUUCGAAGUCCAAAUCUAAGCUGGUAAAGAUAAAGAGAGAAGUUGCGUCGAAACCGGUCGAUGACGACGAGACAGUCACCAGUGCCAACUUGACACAUUUGUGUAUUGAUUUGUUGUACAAGGUGAUAGAGCACGAGUUUCCAGACGUGGGAAUCAUCAGCGGUCCUUUCAUGGAUAAUAUUGACCGCAGAGAAUACCCCGAGUAUUUCCAGGUGAUCAGGAGUCCAACCUCGUUCAAUAAUGUUCUCAAAAAGUUGGACAAACGUAAGAUUUUCACGUCCAAGACACCUCUUGACGAAUCUCUUCAAGCUUUCUACGACGCUACCAAGCUUAUAUUCACCAAUGCCCAAACAUUCAAUGAUCCUAGUUCGUUAAUUCAUCAAGAUGCCGUGAAGUUGUCCGACUACUUUGAGGAACUUUUUCAAGACCUAAAAUCUCGUAUAGAGCAGCAAGAGCAAAAGACAAAACUCAAGUUGAAAUUGAAGCCUUCGGGUCAAAGUAAAGUCAAAUUGAAUCUAAAACUCAAAGACGACAAGGAUGGUUUAGCAGGCGACGACGAGGCAGAUGAGCCACAGGUGACUGAGUCCGACACCAUGGGAAAGACGACAUCGCGGCUUACGCCCAAUGAAAUGUUCAUACAGUUGUUUUCGUUUGCAACUUCGAACUCAAGCGUCACCCAUUUGACCCAACAGUACCACCACCAAAUGAACAAUACUUCGCACGUUCCCACCAUGUCAAAAGCUCAAAUAUCCAAGGCAUCAUUGUUCCCCACACAUCCAGCAAGCGCAUCCAACUCUAUAGUCGAGUACCAGUACCCAUCGACUGGGUUUGCUACUCAAUCUUACUGUAUCUCGUUGCCGCCCGACGGGUUCACAUUUUACACUUUCAAAGUCUGCCUUCACAAGUUGUUGUAUGACAUCAAAAGAAAGGAUUUGGAGACUGGGCUGGGUCUUCUGACGUCAGAUGACGAUUUUCAAUGCAAACUUUUCGUUAAUGAAGAUGAGGUUCACAGCGGUAUGAAUGUCUAUGAAGACUACAGAAACAAGUCGAAAUUACUUUCGUACCAGUAUGACCUUCGCUUGUGCAAUGGACUCAAUGUUAUCACAUUCGAGUGCAAAGUUGCGCCGACUGUGAGUAAGCAGAUCAAGGGAGACAGAGUCAAAAAUGAGACCGAUGAAACCUCGGGUCGCCAUACAAGAAAUCAACUACAACAAGCCAAGAUGUCGUGGGACGUGGAAAGAAUCAACUUUAAUGUUAUAUGCAACAGCACGUAG